CGAUUUAGUGAGCAAUAAAUUGAAUGCAGUUUUUAGUGUCAAAUGUUUGACCAAAAUAUUGGCUCACAUUUGAUGUGAAGAGAAAACAGACUUUCAUUUAUUGUUUUAUUUAUUAAUUAAUUUAUUUUGUAAUAUAAUUAACGAAAUGAAUGAUUGAUUGAAUGGUUGAGAAAGCGAUACACAAGAGAGUGAAUCCCAUCGAUGGCUGACCAACACAUCCAACAGAUGAUCGACGAGUGGAUCAAUUGCGGCACAAAUCGCACCCAAGACUUGCAACUCAUUAAAGACGAGUCACUAUUUGAUGCCAUUGUGACAGUCAUUGAACGGAACCGUUCAGACGAUGAGUCUUUGGACGCGAUCUGUAAUAAAUUGUAUUCAUAUUACCGUUCAAACGAUGACCAACUGAUCCACUAUUGUCUGGCAUUCAUUCCUCCGCUAAUCGGCGUUCAUAUAUUGAAUGCAAACAAUUGUGUGUCAAACGCGAGCUCAAGAUGUCGUGCGGUG